UUGCUCAGCAGCAGGAAAGAGAAGCAGGCAGAACUCAGCGAAAGCGCCGCGCCUGCCUGCCACACACGUGUGCGUAAAGGCGGCCAUGGUCACCGUGCAGCUGUUGGCAAAGCAGGCCACUUAAAGAGGCGGGUGCGGACACGACGCUUCCCCUGCUGGCUGCGCUGAGCGGGACGGGACGGCCGCCGCGCCUUCCUCGCUCCCCGCGACUUCCUGCCCGCCUCUUCUAGCCAGAGAGCCCGAGCAGCCAAGAUAGUCCUGCCCCCUCUUCCUUCCCCGCCCCAGCCCAGCCCGCAGAGGCGGCCGGGCUCUUCCUGCAGCAGCAGCCGCGUUCGCGAGCAGGGAGUCCCCGGCUCCAGGCAGGGCGGCGUCAGCUGAGGGGCCACCAUGGGGCUGCCGGAGCCCCUGAGCUUGGCGCAGCUGAAGCGCCUGGAGCAGCACCGCUACAGCGCGUCCGGACGCUCGCUGCUGGAGCCGCCGCUGCAGCUCUACUGGGCCUGGCUGGUGGAGUGCACGCCGACCUGGCUGGCCCCCAACGCCAUCACCCUCGGAGGCCUCGUCGUCAACCUGCUCCCCAUCCUGCUGCUCAUCGCCUGCUGCCCAAGCGCCACUGAGGAGGCUUCUCCUUGGAUAUUGCUCUCAUGUGCCUUAGGACUCUUUAUUUACCAGUCAUUGGAUGCUAUUGAUGGGAAGCAAGCAAGAAGAACCAAUAGCAGUUCUCCUUUGGGAGAACUCUUUGACCAUGGCUGUGACUCUAUUUCCACAGUUUUCAUUGGUAUUGGAGCCUGCAUAGCAGUACGGCUGGGAACUAAUCCAGACUGGCUGUUUUUUUGUUCCUUUAUUGGAAUGUUCCUGUUCUAUUGUGCUCACUGGCAAACCUAUGUAUCGGGCAUGCUAAGGUUUAGCAAAGUUGAUGUAACUGAAGUACAGAUAGCCAUAAUGAUACUAUUUUUGUUAUCUGCAUUUGGUGGAACGACAAUGUGGGACUCUAAGAUUCCUGUUCUGGACCUAAAACUGAAGAUGAUUCCUGUUGCUGGAAUAGUGUGUGGAGCAAUAUUUUCUAGUUACCAUUAUUUCAGAGUAAUCUUUGGAGGAGGAGUGGGGAAGAAUGGAUCUACAAUAGCAGGGACGAGUGUGUUGUCACCAGGCCUCCAUAUAGGAUUAAUUAUUACUUUGGCAGUAAUGAUCUAUAAGAAGUCCACAACACAGCUAUUUGAAAAACACCCUUGCCUCUAUGCCUUGACAUUUGGAUUUGUGAGUGCUAAGAUCACACAAAAAUUAGUGAUAGCACACAUGACAAAAAGUGAAAUAUUCCUACAAGAUACUGCAUUUAUUGGGCCAGGCCUUCUGUUCCUAGACCAGUACUUCAACAGUUUUAUUGAUGAAUACAUCGUUCUGUGGAUAGCCCUGUUCAUAUCCUUGCUUGAUUUAUUGAGAUAUUCUACUGGGGUAUGCCUGCAGAUUGCUGAUCAUCUUCACAUACAGAUCUUCAGAAUCUCAUCUCACCAAGCAUCUUAUCAAGCUCCUGAACAGGUACAAGUUGUUUCUCCACUGAGCCAUCAGAAUAACAUGGACUGAAGAGACUUGCGAACGGUUGCCAUCUCUUGCUGUUGCUGUUAGAAGGGGAAAAAAAUACUGAUCAAAUGCAACGUUUUGUACAAUAGUGUGUUUGACUCACUGAAUAAUGAAUGGUGAAUGUUUUUUUCUAUUUAAAUGUUCUAUUUUAAAUGUAUAAUUGAAGCUUUCAUAAACCAGUGUUAAGACUUA